AUGGCAGCUGUACGCUCCCUUUACCAGUGUCCCAUGCAACAGGGAAGCCCAGAUUUACCCUGCAUCAUAGAUUCUCUUUCAAAAGCAAAUAGCAUCUUUGCCAUCUAGGUUUUGAAGAUGCCGUUUCAAGACAGACCUUCACAAAACGUGUUUUUUUCUCCUCUGAGCAUCUCCUCUGCCCUGGCCAUGGUCCUCCUCAGGGAAAAGGGCAAUACCAAGGUCCAGAUGGCUCAGGCAAUGUCUGUAAACACAGAGGAAGACAUCCAUAAGGGCUUCAAGAUGCUUCUCAAUCUAGUGAACAACCCUGGGUCAAAGUAUUUGCUUACAACAGCCAACAGGCUCUUUGUAGAGAAGACCUAUGAUUUCCUCUCAACAUUUAAGGAGUCCUGUCUUCAGUUCUACCACUCGGAGCUGGAGCAGCUGUCCUUUGCUGAAGCUACAGAGAAGUCCAGGGAGCAUAUAAAUACUUGUGUCUCUAAAGAAACAAAAGGUAAAAUUCCAUAGUAACUACCAGUGAACUUGAUUGAUGAGCAGGUCAGGCUUAUUCUUGUAAUUGCCAUCUACUUCCAAGGAAUGUGGGACAAGCCAUUUGACAACUAAUGCACAGAAGAAAUGGCUUUCAAAGUAAACCAGGAGGAGGAAAGGCCAGUUCACAUGAUGUGGCCGGAAGCCAAUUUUAACUUCAUCUACAACAUUGAGGCCCAGACAAAGGUGGUGGAGCUGCCCUAUGCUGGCAAGAUGAUGAGCAUGAUCAUCCUGCUUCCAGAUGAGGACAUGGACCUCAGUGUGGUGGAAAAUAACCUUACUUUUGAGAAAUUCAUUGCCUGGACUAUGGCAGCCUCUUUGCAGAAUAUUGAAUUAGAAGUUCUCCUUCUGAGAUUUAAACUGCAGGGGGAUUAUGACAUGGAGUCUGUGCUUCAGCAUUUGGGAAUGGUUGAUGCCUUCCAACAGGGCCAGGCUGAUUUCUCUGCAAUGUCAACUGAGACAGAACUGUGUCUAUCCAAAGUUCUGCACAAGAGUGUGGUGGUGAAUGAAGAAGGCACUGAGGCUGCAGCAGCUAUAGAUAUUGACACAAUCUUUGACUGUAUAUCUUGUGCACCAACAUUCAAUGCUGACCACCGCUUCCUUUUCUUCAUCAGGCAUAACAGAACCAACGCUCUUCUGUUCUGUGGCAGUUCUCAUCUCCCUAAGGGUUGUACUUCCCCACCAUGGAGAAUUCCAUCUUUCCAUGUCUCCCAAUUCCCUCUACAGUUUACAAUGAUGGAUGCUGCAUCAUGGAUUCUGUUUCUGGCCAAUGGCACCUUUUCCAUCCAGGUUUUGAAGAUGCUGUGUCAAGACAAAUCUUCACAAAACAUCAUUGGUUUUUCUUUUUUUCCCUCCCCUGAGCAUCUUUUCUGCCCUGGCCAUGGUCCUCCUGGGGGUAAAGGUGAACACCAAGAUGCAGAUGGCUCAGGGGAGGCAGACUUGUCUGCAAUGUCAACUGACACAGAUCUGUGUCUGUCUAAGUUUGUGCACAAGAGAGUCAUGGAGGUGAAUGAGGAAGGCACUGAGGCUGCAGCAACCAUGGCCAUAGGCAUUGAGGAGACAAGGCCAGUGGAGAUAAUGUGGCAGAAAGCCAAUUUUAACUACAUCUACAUCAGUGAGGCCCAGACACAGGUGUUGGAGCUGCCCUAUGCUGGCAAGACGCUGAGCAUGAUCAUCCUGCUCCCAGAUGAGGACGUGGGCCUCAGUGUGGUGGAAAAUAGCCUUACUUUUGAAAAAUUCCUAGACUGGACCAAGGCAGCAUCUUUGCAGAAUAUUGAAGUGAAAGUUUUAAUUCCAAGAUUUAAACUGCAGGGGGAUUACAACAUGCAGUCUGUGCUUCAGCAUCUGGGAAUGGUUGAUGUCUUCCAAGAGGGCCAGGCUGACUUGUCUGCAAUGUCAACUAAGACAGACCUGUGUCUGUCCAAGUUUGUGCACAAUAGUGUCUUGGAAAUAAAUGAUGAAGGCACUGAGGCUGUGGCAGGCUCAGACAUAUACGAUGAAGAAUUCAGCUUUUCAUAUUUACCAUUUUUCCAUGCUAACCACCCCUUCCUUUUCUUCAUCAGGCAUAAUGCAACCAACACUCUUCUAUUCUGUGGCAGGUUCUCAUGUCCCUGA